AGAAAGAGCUUUAUAUUUUUUAAAAAAAAUUUCUCGGAAAAAUCGCUUUUUAUCAAUGACAGAUUAGUGAUAGCAUAUGCUAGAGAGAAUUUUAAAAUGUUACCUCCUUGUGAAAAUACUUUUUGCCUAAGUAGACAAGGUUAUCUUUGUGCUUCCCUCUGUGAGGAAGGUCACCUCUGACGAGAGUAUCCCCCAAAUACCCCUCCUGGCUGGUAAGGCCCUCUCUGAGCUGUAUAUAAGAGCCCGCUGAAGCUGUCUUCCCCGCAAAAGAUAGAGGCUGACCUCUCCAUAGGCUUUUACUCUCAUCAUGGCGAAGGAAGCAGGCAUUCUCGAUUCUGUUUUCACUGGACCAGUCAGAAUUUGUAAAGUUUUGAUUUUAUCGGCUGGUAGAUUGGAAGGGAAGGAACACACCGGCUUCAAACUCCUAAAGCGGUGUCAUUGUGAUGAUAGCAGGAAACGCAAACAUAGGCUUCCUCAGGAAAGGCCUGUGGAAGAUGGGAUCAGUUCAUCUGAUAUAGAGGAGCCUAUGAAGAAAGAACCAGAUCUCGACAACGAUGAAACGCAGAGCCUUCCCUCAUGUCAGUCUGAUGACCUCGUUGUGGACCUCUCUACGCUCACUGCUCAAUCUGAUGACUCUGUUGAGGUCACUGCCGCAGCAGGUGAUGAACAAACUAGCGACCUUGAAGCGCACCCUGACGGUCAGUCGGAGAAGGAAGGGAAAACCCCCGACGUGAGAGUAAAGCCAGCUGAUGGAGUAAAGACGGCAGAAGGGGUAAAGGCAGAUGUUGAUGUACCUGAAAAGGAAAUCAUUUUCGAGCGGGAGGUUAUCAAUCUUACAGAAAGUGAACAGGAGGAGCGCAGUCAUUCAGUCUAACCAGUAAAACUCACACAGUUUUCGCCCCUUUGCUCGCGCUAAAAAAAACUUUGCACAGCUUUUUUGCCCUUUUGUAUGUGAAUUAAUAAAAAUAUUGACAAACUCUGAUUUUUAUUUACAUAUAACUAUAUAUUACUAUCUUCUCUAGUCUAAACAUAUAUAUAAACAAUAUCGCACCACUUAAGCCUCUCCCCAUCUGAGAGUGGGUAAGAGGAAAAUGUAUAUGUCAAAGUUCCUAUAAGAGCUCUAUCAGCACGAAGGUCUUCCCUAGAUGACCUUUUUCUCACUGCUUUAAGCCUCCCCCACCUGGAAAAAUCUAGCAGCUGGCAAGAAUAAACACUACCGUAGUACCCGGAAGAACCUUUU